CGCGAAUCAUAAAGUAUGGAAUCCAAACACCGGAAGAACGCUUUCAAAUGGUCUAACAGAAUGUUGUUUUACGAACCAAAUGCAGACGAUCGAAUGCAUUCAACCCUCAUAAUAAGGAAGCAAAAUAUAGGUGCAUCAUGGUUCAAUCUGCAGGAGUUCCACAGCUUUCAGGAAAUCAGGCUCAGCCAGGGAGACCCUGCUCGGCUACAGAGACAGAAGUGGAUCUGAGUCACAAUACCCAGGCACCACCACCACCACCCAAGGAAAGUGGCCCUAAUAAGAGGAGGAAGGCGAGAGUGAGGGGAGACAGCACCAGGCCCAAGAAGAGAAUGACGGACAGCAGGGGUGUUAGCAAUGGACCACUAGAGGAGAAGCAAGGGCUGUGUGAUGAGGGAAGCCCCUUGCCUCCACCCCUCCGGAUCUCUUUAAAAAGCCUGUUGGAGGCUGAGAUGAAGCUAGUGUAUGGUGACGAGCAGCACAACAUUACCCAGCAGCCCUCCAAGUCCCCAGUCACCUCCUCGGCUUCACAAUUAAUGUGUCAAGCCUCUGAAAUAGUAGGCCCUCCAAGUGGACCUAAUCUCGGCUUUCUGCCUCAAAUUGACAAAUGGCUGGAUGUAGCCUUACAGGAUGCCGACUCAUACUACAGACAGAAGAAAUAUGGGAUCGCAGCCAGUCGUUUUACCACAGCUCUGGAGCUGUGUUCAAAAGGUGCUGCAGUUGAACAAUCUUUGCAUGCAGAGUAUGAAGACAUUUCUAAGGUUGCCAGUUUGAUUGAGUCCAGACUUGUUGCCUGUUACCUGAGACUGAAGAGACCGGAGAUAGCCCUCAACCACUCCCACAGAGCCAUCCAGCUAAACCCCAUCUAUUUCCGCCACCAUCUGCGCCAGGCCAUGGUGUAUCGACUGCUGGGGAACCCAUGUGCGGCAGCAAGGAGUGCCAUGAUUGCUGACUGGGUGUACUGGCUGUCCGGGGGCUCAGAGGAACACAUAAGCAAGCUCAUCAAACUGUAUUGGCAGGCUCUGUUGGACGAUGCGAUCACCAUGGAGGAUGGUUUCUCUGUCAUGUACACCCCGCACUCUGCUGGGGACUCCGUGGGGGAUUGCAUCGCCAUGGCUGAGGAGACCUUCAGGAAACAGCACCCCGCCUUCACAGACUACCUGUUCACAGACACAGCAGGGAACCCAUCAUCCAUCCAUCACCACUCUGUGGACCCCAGUGGAUGUCACCUGCUGCCCCAGACCACAGACUGGAGCAAUCCCCCAUCCACCCAGCAGAAAUACGUCCUCACCCUGGGCUUCAGGAGGGGACAGGACGGCAGCUUUCUCAGCAAACUCACCAGCAGGACCUGCCCCUCUUUCACAGCUACAGGACCCAGCGCCUCAUUCAGCCCCAGUAGCCCAGAGGACAUGGAGCGGCUGUGUGACACGUUCAGCAGGAGGAUCCUACCAGUCUUAGAUUUUAUUAAGUGCACCAAACUAGCUGCAGGUUUUUCCCCAGGUUCUGGGCUUGUGGAGAGGCUGCAGUAUGCUGGCUACCUGGGACAGAUCCAACGCAGCAGGGAGCAGACCUCCAUCCUCCACCAGGCGCUGGCUGAGCUCGCUGUCGCCCCCUACCUGCAGGACCUCAGCCACGCAGAUACCACUCUGCUGCAGGCUCUAAUGGCAGACACCAUGGACACCCUUGAAGGAAGGCGGACUGAUAGAGAACGUGUGUGGAAUGAAAUGCAAAAGGUGGGGAUGUUGGAGGAUCUGUUGUUCCAACUGGAGGAGACGUAUCUGAAGAACAAGGCUCAGAGGGCCAGUAGGAAGCAGAGGGCCGGGGCCCAGGGGGCAGAGGGGAAAGCCAGGGGAAGAUCCAAAGCAGGGGUCAAAAUAGGGGCCAAAGGAGGGGCUACAGUGGUGAUGGACAAGGACAAAGGUCUUCCCACUGACAUCCAGCGGGAGACAGUAGUAACACCAAUGACCUUACCAGACCCAGGAUCUGACAGCCAGGACAGUGGAGGCCCGACGUCGUCCUCAUCCUCAAAAUGAAUGGACACCCUCCUCUUCCCUCUCACAAAGCCUCAUCUUCAGCCACAGCAUCUUUCACACCAUUACUCUAGGCUGGCAGAAAUAAAUGGAGUCUGUAGCCUUGCUUUCA